AUGCUAAAUCCAAAGCGAACGUGGAAUCAAGAGAACAGAGAACAUAAUGCAUCUUACACCACACAAGCUUGGUCCCCAUAUCUGUUCCAGCCAAUAACGUUUCUUCUUUCCAUAUCUUUAUCUAAUCAUUUUUCUCAUAUUUAUUUAUUUUCUAUUUUCUAUUUUCUAUUACCAUUCUUUCUCCCAGCCAAAUUAACUUCCUCUCCAUCUGAAUAAUAAAAAUAUCGUAAUAAAUAAAAGGAAGGAAAAAGAAAGAAAAAUCUAAUAGUAGUAGUGAAGUUAUUUCUUUCCACAUCAACAGUUUUGCAAGUGAAGUCUCUCCAGUGUGCAGCUGCAGCUGAUUCAGUGAUUCUAAAUUGCUAAGCUACACGUUUUGGAGCAAUCAUCAUUGUUCAAAUUGCAAUUUAUUCCGAAGGUUAGCAACAACUUGGGAAGUUUCUGAAACCAAAACGAGUUAAGGAUCAUUGGUAUAAUAGGACAACUUGAUGGUAAUCAUACAGAGUGGCUAGGAAAGCAUAUAAUGGCUACUGCUGCUGUUAUUGGACUCAGUGGAGGAAAGAGGCUCUUGAGUUCAUCUUACCAUUACUCUGAUAUAAUAGAAAAGCCUUCUUAUGGCAGUGACUUUGGAUUCACACACUAUCAUCUUGCUCCUACAAAAUAUGUAAUAGUUGCCAAGAAGUCAUCCAACUAUCCUCCAACUUUUCCAACGUCCAACCGGCAGAAUCAGUCCAUCAAGGCUCUUAAGGAACAUGUUAAUGGUGUUCCUGCUAUUGCGGAUGCAUGGUUUCAGAGUUACAAUUCUAAUGAGUUAGAGGUGGAAAGCUCUGAACUGGAUUAUUCAGUGGAGGCUCUUCUUUUGCUGCAGAAGUCAAUGCUGGAAAAGCAAUGGAAUCUUUCCUUUGAAAGGGAAGUGUUAACUGAGCAUUCACGAAAAGAAAAAAGCCGUAGGAAAGUGGCUGUAACUUGUUCUGGGGUGUCUGCAAGGCAAAGAAGAAUGAAUUCUAAGAGGAAGACUGUGGUUAAGACUGGCUCUACAAUGAUGCAACCUUGUGGUGCUAUUCAGCUGAGGUCCAUAAUCAGUCCAGAGCUGCUUCAAAACCGUUUGAAGGGCUAUGUGAAAGGUGUAGUGAGUGAAGAAUUACUUUCUCAUGCAGAAGUUGUAAACCUAUCAGAGAAAAUUAAAGUUGGGCUUUCCUUAGAGGAGCAUAAAUCCAGAAUGAAGGAAAAACUAGGAUGUGAACCCUCUGAUGAUCAAAUUGCUACUUCAUUGAAGAUUUCUCGUGCUGAACUACGAGCAAAAAUGAUAGAGAGUUCUCUGGCCAGAGAAAAGUUAGCUAUGAGCAAUGUUCGCUUAGUUAUGUCUAUUGCUCAAAGAUAUGACAACCUAGGUGCAGAAAUGGCUGACCUUGUUCAGGGUGGCUUGAUUGGACUACUUCGCGGUAUUGAAAAGUUUGAUUCUUCAAAAGGGUUUAGGAUUUCAACUUAUGUUUAUUGGUGGAUACGUCAGGGUGUUUCAAGAGCUUUGGUUGAGAAUUCAAGAACAUUAAGAUUGCCUGCUCAUUUACAUGAGAGAUUAUCUUUAAUCCGCAAUGCAAAGUUUAGACUAGAAGAGAGAGGCAUUACUCCAACUAUUGAUAGGAUUGCGAACCACCUUAACAUUUCUCAAAAGAAAGUCAGAAAUGCUACUGAGGCAGUCAGCAAAGUUUUCUCGCUCGAUAGGGAAGCAUUCCCCUCUCUGAAUGGUCUCCAAGGAGAAACUCAUCAUAGUUAUAUUGCAGAUAAUCGCCUUGAGAACAUCCCAUGGAAUGGAGUAGAUGAGUGGGCAUUAAAGGAUGAAGUGAACAAACUCAUUAAUGUGACCCUUGCGGAACGAGAGAGAGAAAUUAUUCGUCUUUAUUAUGGGCUGGAUAAAGAAUGUCUUACGUGGGAAGACAUUAGUAAACGGAUAGGUUUGUCAAGAGAGAGAGUGAGGCAAGUUGGACUUGUUGCGUUGGAGAAACUAAAACAUGCUGCCAGGAAGAGAGAAAUGGAGGCCAUGCUAUUGAAACAUUAAAUAUGGACUCAUCGUACAGAAGAGACAUGUUAUAAUGUAUAUAUACAGAAAGGAAGUGUGUACCUAGAAAUUUGACUUCCUUAUUCAAAAAGAGGACAAACAUUGAAACAUUUGUAAACCCCAUAAAAUAUUGUACGUUGGAAUAAUCCUAUUUUAUCAAUAUGUUGAAAGAUUUUGUUCAGCUUUUAAAAAAAAGUGAAUGUUAGGAUAUAUAAAAAGGUAAUUCUUUUAUAGAUUUUAUAAAAUUUAAAAGCUUCUAUUUGUAUGGU